UUGAUUUAGUGGUACGUGUACUGGCCUUGCAUACUUUCUCAGCGAUCAAUUCUACCAAAACCAAUGGGAUCGAUCAAUUGAAGAGGUGAAUUUAUUAUCAGUCGCUUCCGAAAUUUGUUUGUUUAUGGAUCCUCGGAGGGUCUUCGGGGCAGGUCUCCAUUCAAAGGAACUUCAUUAACACUCAUUCUUACAAGUAAUGCAGGAAAUGAUGGUGAACAAAUGGAAUAUAUUUCUGUUAUGUGUGUAGCCUUAAGCAAAGAAAAUAAACUUCUCAGGUGUGGCUCUUUGAGAUUUUUUUAAGUUUUCUUUGUUGUUGUUUUUUGUGUGUUUGUUUGUUUUUACCACAUGCAGGUUUAUAAUGGAAUGUGUAUCUACAUGCCACGCUGAAGUUUUCGGGAAAAUUGUGAUCUCUGGACUGUGCAGUGUCAUUUAAUUUUGGUCACACAUUUCUGAAUAUAACUUCGUUGUGUCUUCUAAUUGUUGCUCUGGCGAAUGCAUAGGACAUAACGAUGUUAUCUCAAUCGGGAUAAAAGUGUUUCAAGUUUUUCUUAAGUCUUACAAGUGUCCACCCUCGUUAUAUUUUUCGUUUGCGUCAUGCACUCUUGUGGAGAGCUCCGUGUCCUCAAAAGGUUGCGCGUUUUGGGGAAUAAAUCAGCGCUACACCCGUGGCCUUCGGUUAAAACCAGGAAAAUAGUCAAACUUUUUAUAAGUGAGAUAGGUCAAAACAUUCCCUUUUUCACAAUGCCGCUCUGAAGUCCCGACAUUUCCAGCUGAAAUUGGACGUAGAGGGUGCACCUUUGCGCAGCGACUGGUUUAAUGCUGAGAGGCUCCUCUGGGUGCACAAAGACAGCGGCUCGCAGACGAACUUGUUCAGAGUGAGCUGGGGACGCUGGGAGGCGAAAUAAACAAUCUCCGGACUCGGAGUAGCCACGACCGCGCAGUUUUACCUCUUCAAACACACCAUUCCACCACCGAUCCAACAAAUACAAGGUUACGGGUGUGUGCUGGUAGUGAACGUGUGGUGCCGCAGGCCAGUCUUGGCAGCAUGGUGAAGGCCCAGAAGUCAACUGGGAGGAAGAGCUCUCACUGUCACCGCAGACAGAGUGGUGGUCAGGUGGAGAUGGAGGAAAGCCAGCUCCGUUCAGACACUCAGCCUUCACUACAAGAGGAAGCCCCCCAUGAAGGAGACCAGUCCCCUGAUGAAGUCCCACUCCAGACUUCUGCUUCAGCUGAGGCACUGUCGGAGAAUUUGGACCAGGAGAAAACUCGAACAGACGUCCAGGAAAAGGGCAGCUCUGCUGCCAAACCUCUGUGGAAGCCCAUUCCCCCUCUGCUGCCUGAAACCCACACUAAGACCAAGGACCAGAGCUGCCAGACUGAAGAGCGGCUUCAGCAGAGCAGCGCUGGCAGCCAUGGUCAUUACACAGGUGUCUGUGUUGAGCCUGGAGAUCCUCCCCUGCUCCAGCAGCCUCUGCAGACCUCCAAGUCUGGGAUCCAGCAGAUCAUCGAAUGCUUCCGUUCAGGCACCAGCCAGCUGAAGCACAUACUGCUGAGGGAGGUGGACACCAUCUUCGAGUGUAAACUGUGUCGGAGUCUGUUCAGAGGCCUGCCCAACCUCAUCACACAUAAAGAGUACUACUGCCUAUCACGCCUGCCUGAACCCGACGGGUCAUCUGGUGACGACCGACAGAGCGUAGCCAUGAAGGAUUUACUGGACGCUAUAUAUCCCAGAGUGGACAGACCAGACUAUGUUGUCAGACUGGAGCCCAUUCAGACCACUACCAAGGCCGUGUUCCAGUACCUCACCACAGAGGAGGAACUGGCUAGAUAUCCAUCACACACACCCAGUGCCAGAGAGAGUCCAGUUGCAUGGGAAGGAGAACCGAUGGAGGGUGUGGACAACAACCAACCGAGCCAGCCAGAGAGCCACAGCAGCCCGGGACACAAUCAGGGACAGAGGAGAUGGGAGGCUGAGGAGGAGGCUAAAGAGGAGCAGCCAAAGCAUGAAGAUGAGGGGUCCACUAGUGGGGUUGAGGAUGUGACGAUCUCCUGUUGUCUGUGCGGUCAGGACUUUAAUUCGCGCCGCAGCAUUAGACGUCACUGCCGCAAAAUGCACCAGACCAAACUGGAAGAGCUGCGAAAGUUCACAGAGACUCGUACAGUUCCCACAAGUCUGCUCUCCAUGGUGAAAGGUCGGCCAAGGACUCUCAGCACACCUACUGGAAAAUCCUGCCCAGUUUGCCUCAAAAGUUUUGCCACUAAAGCCAACGUGCGGCGUCAUUUCGAUGAGGUGCAUCGCGGCCUGCGGAGGGACAUGAUCACGCCCAGCAUUGCCUCGCGUCCUGGCCAGCCUUUCUCUCUGGAGGUCACACCCCCAAGAAAGAGCAACAGUACCUCUCCAACGCGUGGCCACAGCGCCAAGUCCACACCAGUGAACUCUAAAACGACGACUUCAAACCAAAACCAGCAGAAAACUCAGAGUCCGCUCCCAGCCUCUCCGCAGGCAAACCUCGCCUCAUGUCGCUGCACGCUCUGCAAGAGGAACUACAGCUCUCAGGUCAUGUUGAAGAGACACAUGCGUAUUGUCCACAAAAUAUACAGCGUGAAAAGUAACAGGCCUGGUACAACAUCCGCCCCCUCCACUACAGCAGCCACUCAUAAUAGUAGCAACACUAACUUAGGACCGAGCAACAAUAUCACAGUGAAAGAGGAAGCGGUAGAAACUUCAGAUGAAGAUGACGACGAGGACAUUGAUAGUAGCCCGGCUCCGUCCCCGAGUGACAGCACUGGGACAGCUAAAGGUGUGUCUGUGACACACAACGUCUUGAAGGUGAAGGAGGAGGAGGCCCCGCCGAGCCCCAAGAUGACGUCUUCGCUGUCUUCGUCGUCCUCGCGCGGAGGCAGCAUGUGCAGCACUGGCGUGUCCACCAAAAUGACCAAACUGUCGGUGGGUUUUGACUUCAAGCAGCUCUUCUGCAAACUGUGCAAGCGACAGUUCAGCUCACGCCAGAACUUAACAAAGCACAUAGAGCUUCACACGGAUGGCAACGACAUAUUCAUUAAGUUCUACCGCUGCCCCCUCUGCCGCUACGAGUCACGUCGCAAACGUGACGUCCUGCGUCAUGUGACCGUGGUCCACAAGAAGUCAUCCGCAUACCUCGCCAAGAUCAUGCCUAAGCUGGAGAGCAGGGCGGUGAAGAGGCUCGCCGAAGUCGUCCUCAGCAGCACAAACACAAACAAGAGGACCAGCAGCAGCAGCGUCAAAGAGGAAGUGAAUGGACGUCACAUUUCGUCGUCCUCCUCCUCCCCUUCACCCCCUGUCACUCGCAAGCAAGAGGGCUCCACAGCUCACCCGCCCGCCACCUCGGCCUCCUCUUCCUCCACCCAGCCGCCUGCCCCCGUCACUCGAAAGCAGCAGGACCUCUCAUCACAGGCGCUCACGCCGUCCCCUCCUGUAACCCGUAAGCAGGAGAGGCAGCAGACCCACCAGCAUCGCCCCAUCAGCCCACCGCUGACCCGCCGCAGUGAAAAACACACACACCAACGCAACACCUCCUCCACAACCUUGCCCAGCAGCCAAACCCCACACACCCGACGGCACGACGCCCAAUCAGAGGGCAGCAGCACAGGGUCGUCCUCCACCGAAGUCAGAGUGACCAAGAAUUUCUCCCUCCACGCCUGCGACCAGUGCGGACGGGCCUUUGCCAAGAAGCUGUACCUGGAGUCUCAUAAGAGAAGUCAUCGCAACGCAGCGACGGCGGCGGCCAACAGGAGGAAAGGAGUCAGCACUCGCUCCAAAUCCCUGGCCUGGUGAAACACACACUUCCGCUGAGGAUAAUGGAUGAGCGAGCCACUAACAAUGAAGAAGCGUCUCAAAACGUACAAUUGGGAGAAAAAAAAAAUAAUGGAUGGAUGGAAAGAAGCACAGAGCGGAGGUGAAGGAAAGAAACAAAAGGAACAAUUGAGCAGGAAAGAAGUACAAAGGACUUCCACCUUCUGCUUUAGAACCAAAUGCAUUGUUGAAAUCUGACUUUUUUUUCAUAUCGUUUCAUUAUGAAGCCAGCCAGCUCGCUGGCCGGUGGCGCUGCUAUCGACGAAGAGACUGCAGUGAAUAGAAGGUUCACUGGCACUGUAUAUGUCUGUAUUUACUUACUCCUGUAUGUACAUACAGAUGUAUACGCAUGUGACUGAUUUGUACUGCUUUGCUCUCGGUAAAGAAAAGGAUGAAGGCAAAUUAUGGAAGUGUGAGUGUGUGUGCUUGUGAGUGUGUAAAAAAGAGGGAGGGGAUCAGAACUGGAUUGUGGCUUCCACAGAAAAUAGACUGGAAACAAUCUGCUUUUUUGUUUGUUUGUUUGUUUUUGUUAUUACUAUUAUUAUUAUUAUCAUUUAACCCUUGCAAUCCCGCACAAAUUUACAAAACCUGUUGGGAUCCUUGGCUGUUCUGAUCAGUGACUGGGCAUUGUGUUGUAGCAGUUUGAUAUAUUCGAAGCCAGUUGCUCAACAUUACAGCAGAUUGACAGGAAAAUACAUUUUCAUCCCCUACCUUUUUGCUUUCCCUUCAUUUCCGUGACAUUUUUCCACCGACAACAGGAGUGCUGUUGUGUCCUGCUGUCUGGCAGAGAGAAACCGAACCCAAAGUGUUUCUUCUUCAAGUCUACUGCUUGCCUCAGAGUUAAAAAUUACAUUUAUCUUCUCAUGUAAACGUUCCUACCGAGAAGCAAACCGAAUUUCAGUUGUGUUAUUCUUCACACAAGCAGCUGUAGUCAUGAACUAGAGGACAAAAGGUUGAUGAAUUACAAAUUUUGUGUGUGCUUAUUUUUUUUUAAACACCUGCUCCAUCAAUUUCCAGUGUUCGGUUUUCUGUCAUCUUGCUGUUUCUUUUUUUUGUGCUGCAUUUGACAAACAUUUAUGAAGGAUUUGUCCUUAACUUUGACCAUAACAUGCUGUAGCUCCACACAAUGUGACGAAAGGCCUCAGUGAGUUGAAUCGGUCUGUGUCCUAAGGGAGCUACAUUCUCUCAGUCAAGGAAGUGACACCCUUUUUACUAAGUAACCAAAAUCCCUUUACGCUAAUUAAGAUGAUAUGAAACAAUACAGUGAUAAUAUAAGGCUUUUACAGAUACUUAACAGAUGUUUAUACAUACAUACAUAUAUAUAUAUAUAUAUAUAUAUAUCAAUUUUUACAUUCUCUCUGAAUUUAUAAGCUGGGAUUGUUAACUUUAAGGUGUGCUACCACAGGUGAAAAUAUAAAGUUAACACCAUUAUUGUCCUCCAUAUGGUAAAUCCCUUGUGUUGAUGUGUGAGAAUCCAAUUUACAGUGAGCAGAAAUGACGGGACUGCACAUGUUAUUAAGGAAUGAUGUGUGUUUGAAUGUGUAGUUUUGCAGACAGGUUGCCUUCAGUGUUACAGUAAGAGCCAUACUGCUUAUAUUAUCAAAAACCAUUAACUGGAAAACGUAAUGUUCUACAUUCAGUGAUAUGUUGUUAACUAAUGUCAUCUUACUUGCAAAAACACUGACUUUAAGGGAUGUACUCAGAAACCAGUCAUCGCACAGUGUUACUGCACAGUACACCAAUUGCUUUCAUUCUUUUGGCCACUUCAGAAAUCAGUCUUCAAACUCUUGACUGGCAGUAGUGCAGCAUCACAUCAAAGCAGGUGCUUCUGAUUUUUACUGCAAAGCAGGCGCGUGUCGACUAAAGUGCAUUAACGUUCGACCCCGGCUGUUUGGGAACCUGUCGUUCGUGGUGCUAAUCCUGAUUCACAGUGGGCCAAAACGUAGGAGCUGUAACCAUGAAAACAUUCCCCAGUAAGGUAAACAGUUCACUUCUCUGAGUUUAAAAGUUUACAUUAAACUUUUUGUUCCAUCAACUUAAUAAAAAAUUGCCGGGCCUCAUUCAAAUAAACUUUUUUUUUCUUUUUAAUGUAAUCUCCAUUAUUUGGGACUAAGUGCUGCAUUUGUUCCAUUCAAAAUGUGCUUUCAUGUAGACAAACUUAAAUGGGCAGCUGUAUUUGUUGUAAUGACAGCAACCCAGAGGUAGUCUUUGAAACACUGGCAUGCGAGUUGGGAGGGAUGGAUCGAGAAGACCAAAUGUAAAUAUGUCUUAAUGUUCAAACAGAAAGCCAUGAAAUGGAACAAAACCUGAAAAAAAAAAUGGAAAGACCAAACUUUAUUUUUAUAACUGAAAAGGCUAUUGCAACAAGGUCUUGAAAACAUGUAUAUAUGGAUUCAUCCUGCACGGAUGGUAUAAAUAAUAGUUAUAAUAGUCACAAUACUUCUUGACUUGUACUUAAUUGUUGGUUGACCAUAUGCUUCAAACAUGUCUGACUAGUUACUACUUUGUCACUGUUCAGUACUGAGGCAAAUUUGCUUUCUUUUACAGUUGUUGUUUUUGCAUCUCAUUUCUUCUGAAGGAGUUUCUGUCCUUUUUUUUUGGGAUUGUGACAAGAAGAGAACAGUAAUCAAACCUCAAGAGACUCUUAGGACUAUUUUUUUUUUGUUUUUGUUUAAAUCUUGUCAUUUUGUUCGUCAUUGGUUGUAAUAUGUUAUUAAGCUCACGUCCUAGAGAACCUGAGAAGAGUUAGAGAAGCAUUUAAGAAGUGACAAGAAUGUUAAAACCAACCACUUAAUAAAUAAAAAUGUACUGCUUCAAACCUCAA